CAGCCUCUCACCAUGCACCCCCAUGCAGCCAAGUCGCUAGUAGGUGCAUGCAGGCGCAUUCAGCCGCCUCGUACUGUAGCCGAGAGACAGCCCUCCGCCAUGCUGAGUUGAAGCUGGAGCUGAUGCCCAUGUCGAUGCCGUUGUCCUGUCUGAGCUAACCGCCAGUAUCCUCCUCAUGGAAGACCAAGCUUACCACUACCAGUCUCUGCCCGGACCGCGCUACAUCCGCCUGCUCGAGCUGCUCCCAGGGCCGCCGGAAGCCCGCAUCUCGGUCGUGCUGCAGGACUGCCUACUGGAUACCGCGCCGGCGUAUGAUGCCAUUUCCUACGUCUGGGGCGACCCGACUGCCCGCGAGGAAAUCAACUGCGGAGACGGCCGUGUGAGCAUCACCCGCAGCCUGCACGACGCCCUGCGCCGCUUCCGCCGAGAGCAAGAGCCCCGCCUGCUGUGGGCAGAUGCCAUAUGCAUCAACCAAGGCGACCUGGCCGAGCGAGCCCAGCAGGUCCAGAUCAUGGACUGCGUGUACAAGAGCGCCAGGGUCUGCCUGAUCUGGCUGGGCCCGUCGGACGAGGACACGGACGUUGCCAUGCAGCUGAUGCGUGAUAUUUCGGCCGAGGUUUGCAAGCGGAAAGGCAUCGCGCCAGAAGACCUCGAGCGCGAGUUUGACGAAAAUGGCCGAGAUAUGCUGCAAGCGAAACAUAUUGGCUUCAACAACCUGCCUCCGCCGAACUCACCGCUGUGGGUCAGUCUCGGCCGGCUAUUCAAGCGAAAGUGGUUCUCUCGGAUGUGGGUCCUCCAAGAGGCACAUUUCGCCAGAGCCGUCAAAGUGUACUGCGGCGCCGCGCAGACGACUUGGGCCCCCGUCCACCAUGCCGCCGACUGGUUCUUGACCAACUCAUACGAUCUCAAUAUCGAAACUUUCUGGUUCGUGCGGAAGAGAGACAGUGACGCCCAAAACCCCAACUACGGCACGGAGGAGCGCUACGGAAACGUCAUAGGCAUGCGCGGCUACCACCUGAACAACCCGCAGCGACUGUCUGUGUUGUCGCUGCUGAGUGAGGGCCACAAUUUCGACGCCACCGACUCCCGCGACAAAAUUUACGCCCUGAUUCACUUUGACGCAUUCCAACACGUGCUGCCCGGCCUGCGCGUCGACUACACGCAGCCCUUCCAGGCGCUGUACAUGGACGUGGCGUUCAAGGCCAUGCAGCGCACGAAGAGCGUGGCGCUGCUCAGCCACACGAGACGCGACCCCGACGACGACGGCGACGACUCCCUCCCCUCGUGGGUCCCCAGCUGGCACAAGAAAAAACGCAAGUCCCACGGCAGCGUCCUCUUCGGCAGCGACCACGACCCCCUCUUCCACGCCAACGGCUCCCGGCCCCUCACUAGCAUCACGCGCCUCGGCCCGGACGGGCGCGGCAUUCGGCUGCAAGGCCUCACGCUCGCGACCGUCGUCGACGUCUGCGACAUUGUCUCCUGGCACAUGGACACGCCGGACCGCCUACGCAAACCCAUCUUCACGCCGCACGCGCCCUGGACCCCCUACGACGUGACGGCGGCCAACGCAGCAUACCCCAGCAAAGAAGACGUCGUCAUGGCCUACGCCCUCACCCUCACGAGCGGCGGCAUCGAGAACCAGGCCGUCCUCGCCCUGCGCUGCCCCGCCUCCGGCAUGGGUCCCCAGAGGGCCGAGUUCGUCGCCUGGCUGCAGCAUCUGCGCGAAGAGCCGGACCCCACGUCCCCGCCGGGGAUGUACUCGGACUCGCGGCCGCGGCUGGACGACGACGUCGAAGAGGCGGCGCGCAUGGAGAUGUGGGUCCGGUACCAGGGUAUGGCAAGGGCGUAUUGCGCUCACCGGUGCUUGUUCCGCACGGAUGGGAGGGCGUGGCUGGGUCUGGGUGCUAAGGGCGUCAGGAGCGGGGAUAGAGUCGUUUUGUUGAGGGGGGGUGCGGCGCCGGUGGUUUUGAGGGAGAGGGUGCGGGAGGGGGUCGGGGAGGGGGAGGAAGGGGUGAGGGAAGGUGGGUACGUGCUUGUGGGGGAUGCGUAUGUGCAUGGGGUUAUGGAUGGAGAGGGGUGGGAGGGGUUUGCUGAGGGGGAUGGAGAGGGCGAGAGGAGGGAGGAGUGCUUUGAUGUGUUUUGAUUUGUUUGCUUGCUUGUUUGUUUGUUUGUUUGACUGUGUAUGAAAGUAUGGGGAUAUAUAUGUAUGCAUAUAUAACGUAUAAAUACUUACUGCCUGGACAGAAGAGACGUAGAUAAUGUUAUGGUGAUAUAGAUUACCUCUCUCAGGGAGGGCCAGCCUCCCUCUGAAGUCCUUGCCAUUUCUCUCGGCAGACGAGCUUG